UGUAGUGAAAUUGUAGUGAAAUUCACGCGAACGUGCAAAGUAGGUGCGAAUAGAAUGAUGUGUUGUGAAAUACUGCUAUAGAGAUCGACGAUAUAAGCGUAGAAAUUAAUAGGUCAAUGUGUGAAAGAUGUUUCUGUGUAUACGCCGAUACGUUCAGAGCAACAGACACGAAUUCUCGAAACUUCUAUAUGGCCGAAACAUUACAGGUUCUCGAGUCCACGUGGCCCGCUCGUUCCAAUGGAUAAGUUCGUAGACACGCCGGAUGAGCCUCGUUUAACGCAACUAGUCAAGCACCUGCGUAACAGGGAGGAGGAUAGAGCCUUCCAUGGAAGUAGCAGAAGAGAAGAUAAAAUUGGGAUGAAGUUACGACGUUGGAGCAUUUGCCGGAAGGUGGCAGCACAACCUUAGCCAAGAUCACUACGCUAUGUCGCAAACAUAGAUGGUGGGAGAAGCAGUAUGGCGCAGAAGCGUGGCCGCAGUCGAUUGUGCGACGUUGAGUUGGUUAGUGCCGCCUGUAACUUCGUGUUAGAAAGGCGAGUAUUCAACGGUUUUCUUCCACCAAUUGACACCACGGAUUUUCUUGUGUGAAAUGAGAUUACCUAUCCAUAGGCAGAAAAUGAAAACAUAAAUAAAACGUUGCGCGUAACUGUUUUGGAUCGAAAUAAUUGAAAAUGCCGUUCACAGCGGACGCUGCGGCCAGCCAGAUACAGGAACGAUUGAAGAACUUAUACCACCUGGUACACGAAAUCGAAACGCAACGGGUACGUUCGGAGCACAAUCUGAACAACAUUAUAAAGACUUACGAGAAGGUGACUCCGGAAGACAAAGUGUCUCCCUAUUACCAGCAAAAAUUGAAGAACCUCUACAACGCGGCAAUAGGUGAUUCCCAACAGGAGGAAGAAAUAUUGCGUAAAGCUUUAGGAAAAAUCAACGAAAUUCGAGCAAUUAGGAACGAGCGGCGAAUACAGGCACGUAAUGCGGGGAACAAAGAAACCAUUCGCCGAGGUGCGUUGAUGAAGAUGCUGCUGAGCACCGCACAGACGCUCCCUCUGUACGUGGGCAAAACACCAGGGGCGAAACCACCCCCUCUUUGCGGAGCGAUCCCGGCGGAGCCUACGUAUAUCGCGAAAAUGGGAGACAUGGUCGCAGCCCUGGUCAAAGGUUCGGAGGAAGAGGAGAACUGGAUCUUGGCAGAGGUGGUGCAGUUCAAUCCAACUACGAACAAAUACGAAGUGGACGAUAUCGACGAGGAACAAAAGGACAGGCACACGUUGUCGAGACGAAGAGUGGUGCCUCUUCCAUUGAUGAGGGCUAAUCCAGAAACGGAUCCCCACGCUCUCUUCCCCAAAGGUUCUAUCGUGAUGGCGUUGUAUCCUCAAACGACCUGCUUCUACAAAGCGGUGGUGAACCAGCUGCCUACCACGGCCACCGAGGAAUACGAAGUCUUGUUCGAGGACGCGACAUACGCGGACGGAUACUCCCCACCUUUGAAUGUCGCGCAACGUUACGUAAUCUCUAUCAAGGAGAGCAAGAAGAACAAAAGCCAAUGUUAACGGACGAUCUAUUCUCGCGUCAGUAUUAUAUACCCGACGAUUGUUUGUACCACUACCAAUGAGUACAAAUGUUCGUUUUUGUACAAGAGACUGCACUGAUUACUUAUAUAAUAAACGUUAUAACGAUUUUCGAUAAUAA